GUGGUAAAGAUGAAAAGUGGUAUCAUGAAAAUGGUAAACAUGAAAUUUUCCGUAAUUUCUAAGAAUAUAUUCAUAUGAAUAACUUGUGCAACACUAAAUAUUAUUAACUUUAUGAUUUUAAAAACAGAUUAUGAUCUAUAAAAUAUUGCAAAUUUUUGAUUAAGUUACCUAUUGAUAUAUAUAUAUGUAGAUAUGAAUUUCAAGAUUAUAAACUGAAAUAAUCCAAAGUAUAUGGAAAAUUUUAAAGUUUAAGAAGAUAUCAUAUCUACAAUACAUAUCAACUUACAUAUUUUCUACAUGAAUUUUGCAAGGAUUACUGUUUGACCUUCUAAAUUAUUUGGCAUACACUAUUAUUUCCUUUUUAAGAAAAUUUAAAAUACAAAAAGUAACCAAAACACAAAUAAAAAGGUAGCCGAAUCCCAAAAAUCUUUUUUUUUAACUGUAUAUAAUCUCUAUUAUUAUUAACAUUAGAAAAAUUAAUAACCCUUAAACUAAGUCCACUAAUUGUUAAUAAAUUUACCAACCAUAUCAAAUAUAUAAAAAUUUAAAAUAUAAAUCAAAUUAAUAAAAUAUUUUUAAAGCUUUUAAUAUAUAAUAAAUUAUUAUGUUUAAAAAAUUGUGUUAGUUUUACAAUAAAAACCCAAUAAUGAUAAAUAAAAUUAAUUGGGUUUAUAAUCUUAUCAUUCUUUAGACUAUGAUAUAUAUAAGAUAGAGGAAAUUCAAUUUCAUUUUAAAAUCGACAAUUCAUAUCAUUAUUACACUUUCAUUAGUGAAAGUGUUUUCUAUAUUUUAAAAUACAAAUACUAAUUAAAUAGACAUAUCAUCUUUAAAUUUUUUUUUAACAUAUUACAGAAAAAUUAAAUAAGCCACACACUUUUGACUGAGAAGAUAUACUAUAACAAAGGUUAUAGACAUCUAAACGCAAAUGUUAAAAUUCUAAUAAAAAAUUGUUGUUACUAUAAAACCGAAAUAAUUAAUCAUGCGCUUUUAAAGCGCGGAUCAAAACCUAGUUAUUUUUUCUUUUUGUAGUUUAGCAACAUGAUUAAAAUUAAACACAUGUCUUAUUUACGUCCCACUUUAUGCGAUUAUUUAUUUAAAUUAUUCAUUCGAAAGUUAAUUAAUCAGUACUAUUAAAAGAGAAUGAGUUUAAAUAAAUCUACUUAUAAAAUGUUGUUUGGACCUUUUCAUUAACUAAUAAUAUUUUGGUCUUACUUUGAUUUUGAUUUGGACAAACAAUAUGUUACCUUAAAUUUCUAUAACAAUCAUUUAGUCAAAGCUUUUAUUUAUUGGACCUAUAUUUUUUUGUAAACGAAAAAGAUUAUACCAUAUAUAUACGACCACAUAAAUUUGGUUCACCAAAAUAUAAUAUCACAUACACUUUAUUAUACUCUUCUCUAAAUAUAUCUCAUUAACUUAAUAAUUAAGAUAAGUUUAAAAAUUAUAUAUUAUGUUAAUUUUAUUUUAUUGAUAUAUAACAAUUUAGUAUUUAAGAUAAGUUUAAAAUUAUCAAAACCCCAACAAAUCUUUUUUUUACCGCUCAACAAAAAACCUACAAAUCUAUACUAUUAAAUUAGCCAAAAACCUCUCAAAUAAAUCUUAAGUUUCACCAACGGAACAAAUGUAACUUUUAUAAAAUGCACAAAAAUAUAGUGAAAGGUUAGAUUUGGGCAUUCGGGUCUUCCGGUCAAAUAUAAAUCGGUUUCUUUCAGGUCCAAGUUUUUUGGGUCUUGGACAUUUAUAUCCAACUAGGUAUUUGAAUUUUUUUUGUUUUUGGUUCAGAUUGGUUCUUUUUAGUUCCAGGUCAGUUUGAGUCAAUAAUUCAAGUAUCUGUAAAAUUUACUAUGUAAUUUGGCUACGUAAUGAGUCUAGCUCGGUUCGAGUAUUUAGGACAAAAAUAUCUAAAUAAUCCGAAAAGCCAAAAAAAAAUCAAAACACGAAAAUACCCAAAAUCAAACAAAUACGAGAAAUAACUAAAUAUCUAAAAGACCAAAAUCUUACCCGAGAACCAAAAAUAUCCAAUAUUUUAAAUAUAUUUUUAAAAUUUGAAAUUUUACCCAAAACCUUAAACUGUAACAGAAACCGUGAAUCCAAAAUUUACAAUAAUUUUUUAUUCUCAGAACAUAUAUGAAUUACUCAAAUAUACACAAUAUGAACAAAACAUUCUAGGUACUUUGGAUACCCAGAGUCCAACAGAGACCUGCAUGUCCAAAAAAAUCUAAUAGGUAUUUUUUCCCAAUCCCGAACCUCAACCUGUAUUUCGUAUUGGUUUGGAUCGUUUAUCAAAUUUAGGUAAAAUUUUCAUACUUAAGAAAGAGUUACAUAAGAGUGUAUAUAAAAAAUAUUGAAUAAACUUAUUAGUUAAUAAUUUUAAACAAAUUUAUGUAUUCGAUACGACUUUAUAACAUAAUAAUACACAAUAUACUCAAAAUACUAUUUCAUAUCCAACUUCGUAUAUAACCCACGAAAGCGCGGGUAUAUUGACAAUGUUAGUAAAAUUCAAAGUAUUUAUACCGAAAUAUAGAUUGUAGACUGACUUACUUAAUGAAGAACAUAAACUAAACGAUCACAUCACAUGUACAUCCCAUUUUAAUGCUAUUAUUUAUUAAAAAGAAUAAUUCUAAAGCUAAUUUAAAAUAAUAAUAGCGUCAGUAAAAUUCAAAGUAGUUAUACAUACAAUAUAGAUUAUACAUGUAUAGUUAGAUAAAAUAAAUUAAGCAUAACAUCAUACUCAAGUUCUCAACGUAGGCGGUUGUUGUGUACUUGUGUAGCAUGUAUACAUUACACACACGAUCUGUAUGUGUAAGGAUUUUCCUAAUUAUUAAGCCAAAAGAAAAACAUUUUCCAUAUCGAGGUUAAAUAAAAGGAAAAUCAGAUCAAGAAAAGGGAAUCGAAUCUAACAGAUAUCAUUUAGGAUCUUCGACAUUGAUAACCAAAAAUGGAAAAUAACUAAUGUAUCUUCUCUAUAUAUAUUAAGAAAAUAUGUAAACAAUAAUCACAACUCUUCAUUCAAUUCACAAUCACAUGCGCAAAACAUAACGAUGUCUUCAUCUUUGUCGAAAACCACUAAAGUUUCCCAAUUUCGACCAACCCUUUUUCAGAAAGCUUCUUCUUUGAAAGCCCAAGCAAGCUUAGCUAAAAGACAAGUGACUGUCUUCAAGAAAGCUGAGGAGCUUUCAAUUCUCUGCGGGGUCGAAGUCUGCGUCAUCUGCUACGGAUCAGACGGGGAGCUUAGAACAUGGCCUAAGGACAGAGAGAAGGUCAAAGACAUGGCUCUAAGGUACAGCCAGUUAAGCGAGGUGAAGCGACGCAUAAAACAAUGGGAUCUUGACAAGUUUCUCGAGGAGGUCAACAAGGAUCCCAAAAAGAAGAACAAGAAGAAGAAAGUGAAACUUGAAUCCAGUUACAAGUAUUCAGAUUGGGAUCCCAUGUUUGAUAAUUGCUCUGUUGAGCAACUCACGGAGCUGAUUCAAUCCUUGGAACGCAAGCAAACCAUAAUGCAAGAUAGGCUUCGAGCUGUUGUUGAAUCUCAGAGACAGAGGAGUAUGCGUUACUUGAACAUGUCUAAUCAAGAACCGACGCAGAUGAAUCAUCUUCAACAGCAACUCCCUAACCAAGCUCAAUCUCUGGCUCCCCUUCCAAAUUCACUGACGGUGUACCAGUAUCCAAACAUGGAUGAUAUGUACUCGAGUUUUCUUGGGGGACAAGAAACUGGAAGGAAUGAGUUUCUAAGCACGAACAUGAUACCCUACAACAGCUUCAACAGCAACUGUGUUAAUAUGUUUCAAAACCAGUUUAACCAGAACUGUUCCAAGGUCGAAGAUUACUCUGGCUUUCCUCAAGGAACUGGGAUCAACAACAUGAACGUGGAAGAUUAUUCCGGGGCACUUUGGGCGCAAGGAACUAACGGGUUGCAGAACAUGGACAUGUACGGCUACAACAACAACAGUAACACCAAUGGUUUCUCACAUCAGCUUGUUCAGUUUCCGGCGCAAAGAGCAGCACCGGCCUGUCAAUAUGUGGAUGGGUCAACACAGAAUAUCAGACCUCAGUUCCAGUAUUCUUCAUUUGUUGGUUGAUGAUGCAAUUAUCAGUUUUAAAACAUUGAUUAGUCUUAAAAAAAAAAAAAAAAACAUUGAUUAGUCUGUGUCCUUUUCAAUUAUGUCGCUAUGUGCCAAUGUGCCUUUGUGUCUAUUACUAUUAUCUCCACGAGUGUCUCUUCUCCUCUGCUUUUGCUAUUCUGAGCAUUCUCUUAUGAUAAAAUAAUAUUAAUGUUUCCUUAAGAAAAACCCUUUUAUGGAAGCCUUUUUUGUGACUAUCUAGAAUUCAAAGAUCGGAAGAAACUCAAUAUAAAAAACACACUUCUUUUUGUUUUGAUCAAAAAAAAAAAAAAAAAAAAACACACUUCUUUACUGCGAA